AUGGCGGACGGGUGGGAUGCAGAGAAGGUGUUUAACUCGACAGUAUAUGGCUUCACGUAUGACGACCUCAUACUAAUGCCGGGGCACAUUGGGUUCGGCGUGGAUGCCGUCGAUCUGACUACGAGGUUAACAAGAGGCAUUACCCUGCGCCUUCCACUGGUCUCCUCCCCUAUGGACACGGUCACCGAGCACAGAAUGGCUAUUGGCGUGGCGCUUAUGGGGGGAAUCGGUAUCAUUCACAACAAUAUGGAAAUAGAGCAGCAAGUACAGCAAGUACGGAAGACCAAGCGCUUCGAGAAUGGAUUCAUAACCGAGCCAUUUGUCUUGAAGCCUACAGACACGGUUCGUGAUGUUGACUGCAUCAAGAAGAAAUACGGGUAUAGCUCUGUACCGAUCACGUCAACGGGAACCCUUGGAGGGAAACUGGUGGGAAUCGUCACGUCAAGAGACAUUGACUUUAUUACAGACAGGCACACCCCGCUAUCCGAAGUCAUGACAACUGAUCUUAUCGUGGGUCACGAGCCACUUGAUCUUGCCCAAGCCAAUGAGAUCAUGCGGAAGUCGAAGAAGGGAAAACUGCCCAUUGUGAAUGCGAACUUCGAGCUGGUCGCAUUGGUUUCUCGGAACGAUUUGAAGAAGAAUAGAGAGUACCCGUUAGCAUCCAAGGAUCCUAACAAGCAGCUGCUAGUGGGUGCGGCUCUCUCCACAAGACCAGGAGAACUUGAAAGGGCGAAGGCGUUGUUGCAAGUCGGAGCUGACGUUUUGGUCAUCGACAGCAGCCAAGGUGAUUCUGUAUUCCAAGUGGAUCUCGUGAAGCAGCUAAAGUCGGCGUACCCACACACGCAGAUCAUUGGAGGGAACGUGGUUACGGCACGACAAGCCAAGUCUCUCAUUGACGCCGGGGUUGACGCGCUGCGAGUUGGCAUGGGGAGCGGGUCAAUUUGCACUACUCAGGUUGUCUGCGCUGUGGGGAGGGCCCAGGCCACCGCUGUAUACCACGUUAGCAAGUACGCAAGGGAAGUGGCAAAUAUCCCUUGCGUUGCUGAUGGCGGAAUACAGAACUCAGGCCAUGUCGUGAAAGCACUAGCCGUAGGUGCCAGCACCGUAAUGGUUGGAUCUCUCUUAGCAGCCACGGAGGAAGCCCCAGGGGCAUACUACUUUCACAACGGAGCUCGAGUGAAGAGUUACCGUGGCAUGGGGAGCAUUGAAGCCAUGCGCGCGGCAUCAGGGAACGGGCAGCAGCCUCCGACUGAUGGCAGCGCCACCCCAACGUCCUCCACUUCUGGUGGUUCAGCGGCUCGCUACUUUGCAGAAGGUCAGAAGAUUCGCGUGGCGCAGGGUGUCACAGGUUGCUUGGUUGAUAAAGGCUCUAUUCGCAAUCUCAUACCGUAUCUCAUGCAAGGGGUGAAACACGGAUUUCAGGAUGCAGGAGUGCCCAGCAUUCAAGCGCUUCACGAGCAGCUGUACAGAGGCGAAGUCCGAUUUGACGUCCGGUCCGCCGCAGCACAGAAAGAAGGCAACGUCCACAGCAUCAUGGUCUUCGAUGGAGCCAGCAAAAGCUAA